AUGGAGUUAUUGAGUGUGACUCGCUCCUCCUUGCAGGACUGGAAAAAAAAUGCUAAGCAUAUGUUAUGGUCAACAAAAAGAUGGAGAGGGUAUGGUUUGAUCAACUCUUUUUUCUUUGGCCGAUGGUCAAACAAGGCCUCAGGUUCUAAGGCUGAGAGAGAGGAUAGUAUUAGAAGAACAAUAUAUGUUUCUGACAUUGACCAGAGUGUGACUGAGGAGGGUCUUGCUGGCUUGUUUAGUAACUGUGGACAAGUUGUUGAUUGUCGUAUUUGUGGGGAUCCACAUUCAGUUCUUCGAUUUGCGUUUGUCGAGUUUACAGAGGGUGCACGGGAAACUUCUUUGAGUCUGCAUGUGGUAACUCGCCUAAGGCUUCUUGGUGAUCAACUGCAUUCAACUCGCAUAGCUUUUGUUGAAUUUGCUCUGGCAGAUAUUGCACUUAGGGCGCUCAGUUGCAGCGGGAUGGUCGUUGGAUCCCAGCCAAUUAGCUUUCAUUAUCUAAUUUUCAGUUUUAAAACAAGAGUGUUUGGACAUACCUCUGUCUCUGGAUGCACUGAAACAGCUCUUGCUUGA